UGUAAUUUUCCUCCAUACUGUGGGGCUUUUCUUUCUGCAUUCAACACCCAAUAGUCCAAUACUACAUCGCUCCUCUUUCUGUCUCUUCUUCACAAGAACCCUAAUUUAAUUCGUAAAACCUGUUUUCAAUUGAAUUGGGGAUUCUUGUUUUAAUUUUAAGAUUAUUGCAAUUCGUGGGAGCAGAAAUAAGGCGAAAUGGGGAAAUGGGAUCGACGGAAUUACGCGCGUCCAAGGCGCCGUUAUUAUCAAGAUUAUCAAUGGUCUCCUCCCAGAGAUGAACCUUGCCCUGACCCUGAGACUGUGGUGCUGUGAUCUGAAAUGUUACUUUACCCUCCAUACAUCAGAGGUUUGGCAGGAUAAUGUGCCAAUGUGGGAGAAGAAGUUUUGCUAUCUGGUGGGAAGGAUGCCGUGGAAGAAAGUAUUGAGUACAAAGAACUUCAUGAAUUGCCAUAGUAAUAGUAAUGUGUUAAGCUGGGAUGAUUCUGCUGGAGAAGAGGCAUUUAAUAUUGCCAAAACACGCUUUUGGGAAGAGACCAAUGGCCUUUCAUGUGAAACCCAACUCCCUAAUCCAGAUAUGUAUAUUGAUGAAAUAAAUUGGAACCCUUAUAUAGAUCCAGAUAUAGCAAAGGAGUUAGAUAAAGCGUACUUCAAUCCAGAUGAUAAGUAUCAUUUACCUUAUACUAAUAGAUCAAAAGGAGGAAAUUGUGAACGGGCUGCUGAUGUUGAUGAUCAUCGGGAACAUGGUUAUGUACAGAAAAAUAAAGCAUCAGGGUGGGGCCAGUGGGAUAGUUCUGAUAAUGGCGCAAGCAAGUCAAAUAAAGAUGAUGACCCUUGGGAUUGUCAUCACAUACACAAUGAUGGAGCUGUCAAGGAUAAAGCUACAGGUUGGAAUCAGUUGGAUAAUUCCGUUAAUCAUACAAGCAAGUUGAAAAGUGAUAAAGAAGAUCCUUGGGAAAACCAUUGCAGUCGGGGGAAUGAAGUUGUUAAGGAUAAUACCUGCGGAGGUGAAUGGGGUAUUCCCCCGGAUUUACGACCAAAUAAAUACACUGAAAUGUCGAGUAACUUGCAUGCUGAUGGUAACGCAUGGAGAAAAGAAAGCUCUGGUUGGCAAGACUGUGGAGCAAGUUCAAGGAGUUGGAAACAAGAGACAGAAGAGGUACACAGUACCAGCUAUUGGAGUAACAGUAAUAGAAAUAGACCUCAAGAAUAUCGGGGUAGCAGAAUGCCAAAUGGUAGGAGCAGCCAGUGGGGACAAAAACCAAGGGAUAAGUAUAACUGGGGGCCGAAAGAUUCCAUAAAUAUCCAUAGAGGACAAGGACACGUCACUUCAGGUUGCCGAAAAAGAGAAGGCCCUGAUCACUAUGUAGCAAACCAUAAGGGCCCAAGGUUACAAAGGGAUGACCAACCAUCUGUUUACUGGAAUGAAGGUAACAAUAGGAGGUUUAAUUUUCAAGGGCAAUGAUCUUAUUAAUUGGGCAUUUCCUAAUUUUGGGUGCAUAUCCAGCCUUUUUUGUUUUUUUUUUUUUGUUUUUUUUUUUGUGGCAAGCACAUUAUAUAUUAGGUCGAGAGUAUAUAUCAGGUGCUGGUGAAACUUGUCAUUGUAUCCAUGGAUGGAGCGAGGAUAGUACGUUAGGUUAGAUAGUGACACACCUUUUAAAUGUGGUGUCUAUGUGAUCUUAUGUAGCAAUCCACAUGUUUUGGUUUUUGUAUGUUUAGAAAUUAUAUGAAGUAUUUGGUUAUAGAUGUGGUGUCACUGUGAUUUUA